UCGCGAUGCUAUCGAUUAUUUAAGAUCAAAAAUAAAGAAAAUAUUUUUUUGCAUGAAAAAUACAUAAUAUAUUAAAAAUGUCAGAUUUAAAUGAACCCGGUUCUUCAAACCGAGAUACCUCGUUUGAAAACUUUUGUGAAGAGGUAAAAGAAAUAGAAAAGAGAGAUUCUGUUUUGACAUCAGAUCAACAAAUUCAAAGGCUAUUGCGCCCAGGUUCAACAUACUUUAAUUUAAAUCCAUUUGAAGUCCUACAAGUAGAACCCGAUACACCUUUAGGAUUAAUAAAAAAAAAAUAUCGAGCUUUAUCAAUUUUAGUUCACCCUGAUAAAAAUCAAGAUAAAAAAGAAGCAGCUCAGGCUGCGUUUGACAUAGUAACAAGAGCUUGGAAAACUCUAGAAAAUGAUAUAGGAAGGAAAAGAUGUCUUGAAAUAUACGAAGAAGCGAAAGAAAGAACUGAUCAUAUGAUAUUAGAAAAAAAGAAAAAACUUAAAAAAGAAGGCAAAUUAGCAGAGACAAUACCAGAAGAUGAUCCCGCCAAAUAUAAACAUACAAUAUAUGUUAUGGUAAUGAAGUUGUUUGCGGAUAUGGAGCGCAAACGUCAACAACAAGAUCAACGCGAUAUGGAGCAACGUAAAAGAAAACGUGAGGCAGAAAUCGAAGAAGAAGAGAAAAAAAAGAAAGAGCGAGAAUGGCAGAAAAAUUUUGAAGAAUCUCGUCAAAGCCGGGUAAAUAGUUGGCACGAUUUCCAAUCUGGAAGUCAAAAAAAGAAGAAAAAAAAAAUGACAGGAAGUAUGUUUGCUCCACCAAAAUUGAAGCCUGAGGCUAGAAAUUGAGCUUCACUAAAGUUGAUGGUGUAUAUGUAUAUAUAUAUAUAUAUAUAUAUAUAUAUAUAUAUAUAUAUUACAAUAGAGAUAAUAAUUAUAACACCUGCUUAUAAAAACAAACAUAAAUAUUACAAAAAUUAUUUGUGUACUUCAAUUUUUUUAUAAGAAAAAGAACCAUAUUUGUAUAAAUUAAAUUUUAGAUAUAAAUAAAGAGACUUAAGCAAUUUA